AUGGCCGGCUUACUGCAGCAAACCCCAUCAGCUGUUCAGAAGAUAAAACAGCUUCUUAAAGAUAAACCUGAACAUGUAGGUGUGAAAGUAGGUGUUCGUACAAGAGGAUGCAAUGGACUUUCUUACACAUUAGAAUAUACAAAAUCCAAAGGAGACUCUGAUGAAGAAGUAGUUCAAGAUGGGGUUAGAGUGUUUAUUGAGAAGAAAGCACAGCUGACACUUCUAGGAACUGAAAUGGACUAUGUAGAAGACAAACUGUCCAGUGAAUUUGUCUUCAAUAAUCCAAACAUCAAAGGAACGUGUGGCUGUGGAGAAAGCUUUAACAUAUGAAAUCUCAGGACUGUUACUUUGACUUUGAACACCACAAAUCACUUACUGAGUAUGUGGCUUUCAAAAGCAAAUGCGUUUUCUUCAGGUUCUUAGGCUGUGUAAAGUGUGGAUGCCGUUAAGGAAAAUAAAGUUAAUUCAUUUUCAAAAAUGUAAAUUGUGUGUUAAAUUCCAGCACUGAUGUAUGUAUGCUGUAAUUUGUGAUGAAUUGGGAUCCGGAAGGUAAGAACACUAAGUGCUGUAGCAUUUCUAUAUUUUCAUACAUGAAGGAAAUAAAAUCUCACUGUGCUUUUCCUUUGUCAUUUUCUUUGUCUACUCCCCUCAUACUUCCCAAUCCAAAACCCAUUUGCAAGAAUAUAUUGCGUAUGUAUUCUGCUUUGAUUUGAAAAGAAAUGCCAUUUAUAUGUUUGUGUGUUUAUAGAUAUUCAUAUACACAGACGCACACUCCUCAGCUUCAGAAUUCACUGUGAUUAUGUAGAUGCAUAUUCCGUUUUAUUAGUUUUCAGAUGCUUUCAUGUUUCUAUGUAUAGGUUUUCUGGUGGUUUAUUUUCCCUUAAGACUAGGGAAGUCCAGAAAAGUUCCUAUGCUGUUUCAGCAGUGGUUCAGAAUGUGCUAAUCCAAUCCUGUACCUUGCCUUGUUGAAGGCACAGUCCCUCAUGUAGUUGAAAAGUGGUUUUCAAGAACGUAAAGUUAAAAUAAAUUCAGAUGUAGAAGUAUUAAAGCAGAAUACAGAUGGGCAUUGUUUCUCACAUUUCUGUUGUUUCUCUUCAUCUUGCUUGACUUAACUUGCAAAAUUGGUAAUACUGAUCCCCAGUGUUCGCCGAGUAUGUGUGUUCUCCUGUGCUAUCUGUGCACCAGAAGCUAUGAAGGUAUUAUUUGAGAGAGGAAGGAAUCUUGUAAUUUUCAUUAGCUUUUUGUAGUCAUGUUUGUUACUAACUUUGUUACAAUUUGAACUCUAUUUAGUAACUGUGUAGGAACCAGAGUUUUUUGCUUACCAAAGCUGUUGCUUGUGGUAAUUUCUGUUUGACUUCUCUCUUGUUAAUAACUUGGUAACAGGAAAACCAUUUAUAAUUUAGAAAGGCUUCUAUUUAAAACUUAUUUAAAAUUAAUCCUAACAGAAGUUAAAGUAUUACAUUUACAGGAGGCCAUUUUUUUUAUUUGGAAAUUAAACUUACUUAUUUUCUCUUAAUAAGAAUUUUCCUUUUCCAAAGCAGUGGUUUUCAAGCUGAUAACAGUCUUCAGCACUUAUUCCACUGGUGCUCAGGCAGACAAGUAAACCUCUCUCCUGGGCUCCUCACUGGCUGGGGUGGGAGAAAUAGCUUUCCAUCCUUUUAUCCUCCUGUUUCCCUGAUUGUCCAAAGAUGAUAGGUAGCUAGGCUACUCACUUGUGUAGAAGAAACUUGUCUGUGAGCAUCUGAUUUGAACAGUUAACUCAAAAGGUAGAAGUAAAAAGUAGUGGACAACGGGGACAAGGAUACUAUAGUCAAAGACAGGAGGACAGUGACAUGGGAUUGAAUAGAGUAUUAAGACAGGUGGUUGGAAAUCCAGAG